AGCUCACAAACCGUUAUAGUCCUUUGGCACCUUCCUCGGCCGGUGGACCCUUAGACUGCCUCCCUGCUUCGCAGCUGCCCACCUGGCGAAGUGACGCUGCGCCAAUCCUGUUCCUCCAGGGCCCUUCUCCUUGCACCGCCCCACUCCUCACCCUGAAAGAGGUGCAUCCAGCCAGGAGGGACACUGCACUCUCGCCUUGGAGCACCCUUUUAGCUUCUCUGUCUCCAGGACUGAAGCUCAAACUCGUCUCUCGCCUUAGGCAAACUCUCUUUCUGCUUUUCCGCCCCUCAAACUCAGACUUCCCUCCGCUCCUAGCUCUUUCCCCUCCACUUUCUCCUCCUCUAUCUCCCACUCCACAAAAACGAUCCCCACUGCUUUCUCCCGCCCUCCCACUUUCCCUCUCCAGACUUCAACUCCUUGUUUGAUUCCACCUCAGACUCGCAGAGAGCACGCCCAACUUUCAGUUGCCUGCGCUCAGCUCCCUUUCCUCUAGAAGUCAUGGCGGGACCUGGGGGCUGGAGAGACAAGGAGAUCGCAGAUCUGGGCCACUUGCCGGAUCCAACUGGAAUAUUCUCACUAGAUAAGACCAUUGGCCUUGGUACUUAUGGACGAAUCUAUUUGGGACUUCAUGAAAAGACUGGUGCAUUUACAGCUGUUAAAGUGAUGAAUGCUCGUAAGACUCCUUUACCUGAAAUAGGAAGACGGGUGAGAGUGAAUAAAUAUCAGAAGUCUGUUGGCUGGAGAUACAGUGAUGAGGAAGAAGAUCUCAGGACUGAACUCAACCUUCUGAGGAAGUACUCUUUCCACAAAAACAUUGUGUCUUUCUAUGGUGCAUUUUUCAAGCUGAGUCCCCCUGGCCACAGACACCAACUUUGGAUGGUGAUGGAAUUAUGUGCAGCAGGCUCAGUCACUGAUGUUGUGAGAAUGACAAGAAAUCAGAGUUUAAAAGAAGAUUGGAUUGCUUAUAUCUGCAGAGAAAUCCUUCAGGGUUUAGCUCAUCUUCAUGCACACCGAGUAAUUCACCGGGACAUCAAAGGUCAGAAUGUGCUCCUGACUCAUAAUGCUGAAGUAAAACUGGUGGAUUUUGGAGUGAGUGCCCAGGUGAGCAGAACUAAUGGAAGGAGAAAUAGCUUUAUUGGGACACCAUACUGGAUGGCACCGGAGGUGAUUAACUGUGACGAGGACCCAAGACGUUCCUAUGAUUACAGAAGCGAUGUGUGGUCCGUGGGAAUCACUGCUAUUGAAAUGGCUGAAGGGGCUCCUCCUCUGUGUAAUCUUCAGCCCUUGGAAGCCCUCUUUAUUAUUUUACGGGAAUCUGCUCCUACAGUCAAGUCUGGUGGAUGGUCUCGAAAGUUCCACAAUUUCAUGGAAAAGUGCAUGAUAAAGAACUUCCUGUUUCGUCCUACCUCUGCAAACAUGCUUGUUCACCCAUUUGUUCAGGAUAUAAAAAAUGAACAGCAUGUUGUUGAGUCAUUAACAAAACAUCUUACUGGAAUCAUUAAAAAAAGACAGAAAAAAGGUAUACCUCUGGUCUUUGAAAGAGAAGAAGUAAUUAAGGAGCAGUAUACCAUGAGAAGAUUCAGAGGACCCUCUUGCACACAUGAGCUUCUGAGAUUGCCAACGAGCAGCCAAUGCAGACCACUUAGAGUGCUGCAUGGAGAACCCUCUCAGCCAAGGUGGUUUCCGGAUCGAGAAGACCCCCAGGUCCAGGCACUUCAGCACCUACAAGGAGCAGCUAGGGUGUUCAUACCACUACAGGCUCAGGACAAUGCACAUAGGCCUCUACAAAGGCAGGCCCAGGCACCUCAGCGACUACAUGGGGCAGCUCGGGUGUUCAUGCCACUACAGGCUCAGGUUAAGGCUAAGGCAUCUAGGCCUCUGCACAUGCAGAUUAAGGCACCUCUGAGACUGCGGAGAGCAGCCCGGAUGCUCAUGCCACUACAGUCUCAGGGUAAGCUACUUAGGCCUCUACAGAUAUGGGCCUCAGUACUUAAAAUGCGGCAGGCUCAGGCUGAGGCACAAACCCACGAAUUAAAACAACCUCAAGACCUGGACCAGGUGCCAGAGGAAUUUCAAGGGCAAGAUCAGGUACCUGAACAAGUACAAAGACAAGGCCAGGCUGCUGAACAACAGCAGAUACAGAACCAGGUUCCUGAACAGAAUCUGGGGCAGAACCAGGCACCUGAACAGCCAGAGGUACAGGAGCAGGCUGCUGAGCCUGCACAAGCAGAGUCUGAGGCAGAAGAACCUGAGUCAUUAAUGGUACAUGCCCAGGUGUUCCUGCCCCUACUGUCACAGAGCCACCACGUGCUGUUGCCACUACAUUUGGAUACUCAGGUGCUCAUGCCAGUAGGAGGGCCAACUGAAGGGUCACCUCAGGCACAUGCCUGGACACUAGAGCCCUCACAGGCAGUUAGCUCAGUUCAAGCACUCAUAGACGGACUAUCAACAUACCUGCUUCGAGCACCAAACUCGCAUAACUCAAAGCCACUUGGUCUACUGCAAACCCUGAUGGAAAACCUGUCAUCAGAUGUGUUUUACUCUCAACCAGAACAAUCAGGGAAAAAAAAAUCCAAGGUUUCUAGUCUAAGGCAAGCACUUGCAAAAAGACUGUCACCAAAGAGGUUCAGGGCAAAGUCAUCACCUGAGGAGAUUGAACACUCCUAUUUAGAAGCCCGGAGGCACAGGCGCCGACGCAGAUUGGAAGGUGUCUUCAAUGAGCAUGAGGAGGAUUUGAGCCAAUUUGAAAAUGACAAAGAUGAAGGAUCAUCAGACAAUGAUGAAGUAUUUCAUCCAAUUCAGGCAGAGGUCCAAAUAGAACAAUUGCAGCCAUACAUUCCAAAUCCUACAGAAAAUGAGAUCCAAGACAGAUCUAUUUCUAUGCCUUACAACCAAGAUUGUACACACCGUGUCAAGUUCUUUUCAAGUGAUCCUCAGCGGUCUCCUUUGGAACAAGCUCAGAAACCCAUUGACAUCAGACAAAGGAGCUCACAAAAUCCUCAGAAUUUCCAAGCAGCAUCAGAAUCUUCUGAAGAGGAGAGUCCUGUGACUGGGAGGAGGUCCCAGUCAUCACCGCCUUAUUGUACUAUUGAUCAGAAGUUGCUGGUUGAUAUCCAUGUUCCAAAUGGAUUUAAAGUAGGAAAAAUAUCACCUCCUGUGUACUUGACAAAUGAAUGGCCAGGCAAUAACUCACUUUCUGAAGUCUUCUGGAAUGAAUGGUUAACUCCUACACCUGUCAUUCAGCCACCUGAGGAGGAUGGUGAUUAUGUUGAACUCUAUGAUGCUGGUGCUGAUACUGAUGGUAAUGAUGGUGUUGCUAAUGGUGCUUCUAGUGGUGCUUGUGAAGAUACUUAUGACCAUUCGAAUGGCAAUGAUGACUUGGAUAACCAGGUUGCUCAGGAAAAUGAUGUCUGUGAAGACCAUGGUGUUGUUGACAACAUUGACGUGUCUGUUGAUGGCAUAGAUAAUAAUCCUGUUUAUGCUCCUAAUUGUUCAAGGGCAAGCUGUGUUAAAGAUGGAAGCUGCAAGCAAGAUGGCAGUGAUGAAAAAGAAGAUACUAGCAGAGGCAAUAGCAGUAGAAGCCAUGGAAGUACAGCCAGUGGAGGCAGUGAAGCCAUUGGAUAUCAGGAAAGACAUGGAGGUGAUAUAGGCAGUGAAAGAGGUAGUGGGAGUAAUGGAAAUAAGGGAGUCAGUGGCAACAAUGAAGAGAGUAGAGCGUGUGGAUUCAAUGGAGGAGAAAAGCAGUCAGACACAGAUGGUCCAGGAUUGAAGAGACCCAUAUUCCACGAUUUUGAACCUCAACCAGAGGAGCUAAAUAGUGGGAGUGAAGGCUCAAACUCCAUUGCCUCACAUGCUGCACUCCCUGAACUGGAUGAUGGGGAUGGUGAUAUAGACACAUCAGAAUCAUCAAUACAGUCGGAUUUUUUUGAAAAUAACUCAUCUCCUUCCAAAGGUUCUGGGAUGGCUGCUAAUGCUGACUUUGCCUGUGCCAUCUUGUAUGCUGGAUUCAUGGAAGUCCCUGAAAAAUCAACUGAGAGAAACUUUGAAGUCAAUGUUAAUCCACCCUUUGUCUCUUCUACAUGUAAAAAACCACUAAUCCACAUGUAUGAAAAAGAAUUUACUUCUGAGAUCUAUUGUGGUUCUUUGUGGGGAGUCAAUUUGCUGCUCGGAACCGGAUCUAAUCUGUGUCUAUUGGACAGAAGUGGAAAGGCAAACAUUACUAAACUUAUAAAGCGAAGACCAUUCCGCCAAAUUCAAGUCGUAGAGCCACUCAAUUUGCUGAUUACCAUCUCUGGUCAUAAGAACAGACUUCGGGUGUAUCAUUUAACUUGGCUGAGGAACAAGAUUUUGAAUAAUGAUCCAGAAAGUAAAAGAAGGCAGCAAGAAAUGCUGAAGACAGAGGAAGCUUGCAGAGCUAUUGAUAAGUUGACCGGAUGUGAACACUUCAGUGUCCUCCAACAUGAAGAAACAACAUAUAUAGCAAUUGCUUUGAAAUCAUCAAUUCACCUUUAUGCAUGGACAUCAAAGUCCUUUGAUGAAAGGACUGCUAUUAAAUUAUUUCCAACUCUUGAUCAUAAGCCAGUGACAGUUGACCUGACUAUGGACUCUGAGAGAAGACUAAAGAUUUUCUUCAGCUCAGAAAAUGGAUACCACAUUAUCGAUGCAGAAUCUGAAGUUUUGUCUGAUGUGAUCCUGCCAAGUAACCCCCUGGAAAUCAUUAUACCACAGAAUAUCAUCAUUUUACCUGAUUGCCUGGAAAUUGGCAUGAUGCUCACCUUCAAUGCUGAAACUCUCUCUGUGGAAGCAAACGAACAACUGUUCAAGAAAAUCCUUGAAGUAUGGAAAGACAUACCAUCUUCUGUAGCUUUUGAGUGCACACAACGGACCACAGGAUGGGGGCAAAAGGCCAUUGAAGUGCGCUCUUUUCAAUCAAGUGUUCUGGAAAGUGAGCUGAAGGCCAGGUCAAUCAAGAAGUUGAGAUUUCUGUGUACUCGAGGUGACAAGCUGUUCUUUACCUCAACCCUGCGCAAUCACCACAGCCGGGUUUAUUUUAUGACCCUUGGAAGACUUGAAGAACUCCAAAGCAGUUAUUCUGUUUAAAAGGUUCCAAGAUUUACUAUAACACUUACAAACAUCACAUAUAUAUAUAUAUAUGCUACAUUUUCAAUUUUCUGAGAUUAAAUGGGUAUUCAGUUUUAUUAUUAAAGAAAAAUUAAAUCAGAAACUUAACUUCUAAUGUAGCACAGAAUAGUUUUAGUGAGAAAUGCAGCUUUAUAUAUAAAAUUCACUAUAGCAAUCUCUAUGUACUCCAAUGGUGUACAAUAUCUUUUGCACAAACUUUGUAACUUUUGUUACUGUGAAUUCAAAUAUUACUCUUAAGACAGUUGGAUGGUAUCUGUAUUCAAAUUUACAGCAUAAAGAAAUCAAUUAUAAGUAGAUUAAAAGCAGCUUUCAGAAGAAUUGGCCCUGAGUAGGGUUUUACAGAAAGAGAAAAAUACUAACAAAGUAUAUGUAAUUUUUCCAAAGUCAUGAAAAAAUAAAGGUAGGACAGUAAUAGCAAACCUUUUAGAGCUUUCAGUGAUAACAAACAGCCUACUGAGGCAUGCAUGCUAUAGGUUGCCACCACUGGUUAGGCCAUAAAACAAAAAUUGUAUGACUAUGCUAUAACCAAACUAAGGUUGAACCUGUAUGCAGAGAAAAUUACAGUGAUAACUGAAGAAAGGUCACUUGUUUCUUCACCAUUAAGUGCAUAGCUAGAAAUCAGGUGUGUUUUCACCCCAUUUAAACUGAUUUUCUUCAUAUUAUAAGAAAAGAGAAAAACCUCAAAUGCUUGGUUUUGCCCAGACUCCUAAAAGAUGUGCAAUCACUGGUUUUACAAACCACCAAAUAAUACACUUGCAAGCCUGAAUACAGGACUGAACUCUAACACACAUGUACUGUAGAAAGAAUUUUUCUUUUUUUAACUCUUUAGAGAUCAAAAUUUGCCUAAGAUUGGUUGAUUUUUCAAAAUUAUUAUUUGGUCGAUAGUAUGACCAUUGGAUAGUACAAAAUAUUUAAUCCCAGAUUAAAAUAUAAAUUCAUUUCACUACAGCUAAUAAAUAAUAUAAAAAUAAUAAUAUAUAACAACAAAAUAUCAACUCCUAAUACUUAAAUUUUCACAUUUUUAUUGCUGUAAAAGGAGAAAUUAAUUUAAAAUUAUUUCAGAUAUAAUUUCAUAUAUAGAUUCAAUGUUAUAAAUAAAGAAAUGAAAAGAUUUUGAAAAAAAUUUAACUUUCAUCAUGUAUCUAAAUCUACAAAAUUACAGUGGUGAAAUUAAUGCAAGCCUAUCACCCAAAUAUAUUAUAGAAGCCACAGAUAGGUGAUGUUUCAUCACCUAUGGUAAGUGCUAUCUGGUGAAAAACAUAAUUUCUGUAUAUCUAUCCUCAAUAACCUGGUUAGUUCUGGGGCAAUAGAGAAGCAAUAGAACUAUCACAAAGUAUACCUCAUUAAUGAUUCCUUUUAGUUCUGCUUCAGAAAUUUGAAGACAGUGCUAGUGGGAUAAUAAUUUUCAAACUACCUUACAAACCAAAAUUUUAAAAGUAACUGACUAGGGGUGAUUUCAUGAUAAUGCAUCAUAACUUGGUACGUUGGUACAAGAGAUGAAGAUUUGGAUUUUCCAAACACUUAUAUUACAAGUUUAGUAACUCAAUGAUGAGAAUUUAGGAGAACCUGAAUCCAUGAAUUAAAGAAAUGAGUAGGAUUCACAUUUCUGUUACUGUGACACAAUGAUCUGGUCCUAAAACUGGUUUAUCCUAGAGUGUUUACAAGCCAAAUGACUUUAUAAAUGUAAUAGAUUUAAAAAGAAAAUGAAUGUUUAUGUAGAAGUAUUUCCUUAGAAGUAGUAUCUAUUACUAUAAAUUUGCAUACCAAGAGGCCAUGGGAGAACUUUGUACAUGUUUCUCUUAGCUGAGCAAAUGGAGCUUGCUGUAUUUGAUUUUCAGAAAAUUUCUCAUUUACAUAUAUAUAGAACCACGUCUUAAAAAUUCACUUUGUCUUCAUAUUAUUUACUCAAAGUUAAGCUUAAAAAUAAAUUUUAGCUUAAAAUCAUACUAUAAGGCAGUAAUUUGGAAAACUAUUUUAGAAAGUCAACUCUUAUUGUACCCUGUAAUAGUUUUAAUGGUUUUCUUAACCACCAGUUUUGAGAUGAAUUAGCCACUGUUUUCUUCCAAGAUUCAUUUAGCUGAGGCAGUAUCCAUAAAACUGAGAAUAAUGUGACACAUAUUCAAUGGGAUCUUUAAGCACUCUUAAUUUUUUUUCAAGAAAUGUGUCUCUUUAAGUCAAUUUAUAUGUAAUCUGUACUCUAAAAAUAUUGGAACAGUCUUUGAUACUAGUAAUUUCAUCCGAAACUAAUGAAUUUUUGUUCAACUUCUAAAAAUAAAAAAAUUCAAGCUUA